AUUAUAUUUCAUCCCAUAUCAUUCAAUUUCAUCCCAGUUGAUUAAUGUCUCAAAUUCUUCAUUUCAUUUCAUAUUAAAUAAAAAUAUAUAUUAUAAUAAUAUAAAAGAUUACGCUGUAUGUUGUGAUACCUUUGCUUUUCCAUUUGGAAAAAUAAAACUACUACUACCACACUAUUGAUAUGAUAGCAUUGAUAACAAAAUCACAUAUGAGUGAAGUUGUUUCAAUAAACUAACCUAUAUUUUUAUUACAUUAGAUUUAAGAGUUUGUUGAUGACUUGACUCAACCCAAGUCGAACUUUUGGGAAUUCUAAGACUUGAAAUUCUUCAGAAGAAAAAUAAGAUCUAAAACAAAGAUGACUCGUCAUUUAAAAGCGCUUAUUGGACCUUCAAUUCUCAAUGCUGAUUUAUCUCAAUUAUAUGAAGAAUCUCAAAAGUUGCUUGAUAAUGGAGCAGAUUAUUUACAUUUAGAUGUAAUGGAUGGUCAGUUUGUACCUAACUUAACCUUUGGUCACCCUGUAGUGAAGUGCCUUCGAGGAAAAAUAAAAGAUGCCUUUUUUGAAACUCACAUGAUGGUUGAGAAACCAGAGCAAUGGAUAACACCAAUGGCUGAUGCUGGAGUCAAUCAAUACACAUUUCAUAUAGAACCUGUCAAAGAUGUAAUAGAAGUGUGCAGAAAAGUUAGAGAGCACGGAAUGAAGGUAGGAGUUGCAAUAAAGCCUGGAACUCCUGUUUCUGAAGUUGAAAAAUAUAUUUCUAUAUCAGACAUGGUCUUAAUAAUGACCGUUGAACCAGGGUUUGGUGGCCAGAAGUUUAUGGAGAAUCAAAUGGCCAAAGUGCAAUAUUUAAGAGAGAAUUACCCAUUACUGGAUAUUGAAGUAGAUGGUGGUGUAGGGCCAUCAACAAUAAAUUGCUGUGCCAAUAAUCUACCACCGGGUCGGAAACGCGAUCAACUGAGAAGAUCCGGCGAGAAACUCAGUGGGCUGUGUCUGUGGGUCAAUUUACUCGUCGAGCCCUUCGUCGCAAGCGACGUGUUCGACGGGAACGAUGACUGGUGCUUGAGUCUGCUCCCAACAACUGCCGACCAUCAAGUCCCACACAACCGUGACACCCCUAGGUGUGGACACAUCUGUGAGACUCAGCACACUGAUAAACAACAAAGUCCCCUGCAGCUGUAUCCAUGGCAUAUACUCUGAUGUUAGUCAGUAAUGAUUCCUAUAGACUGAAGUCACAAUCAUAUUGCAACUGUGGCUUAAAACUUGUAAUGCAUUAUUGCUUCUCAGUAAUAAUAAACAAAGUAGUGGUAGACGUGUAGGCCAGACACCUGCUUACAACAUAAUAACAACUUGAAGGUGGCAUGAAUGAAGUUAGGUUGGAGGUCUUUGUUCAAACAAUCUCAC